UGAUGCAAACUUUAAGACAUUAUGAAGCUAUGGCUGAAGAAGUUAGAAAAAUAAUGAUAUCAGGAAAGCCUAUUCCACCAGAUUAUUAGGAGGUCAUUGAAGAAUUCUUACCAACAGAAGAUAAAUAUCCUUCUAGAAGAGUUAUUACUGUGUAUGAAUAUCCAGACAGCAAUCCAGCUCUAUUUUUGGAAAAUAAAAGGGGAUUUCGAUUGUAAUUCAUGUUUCUUUUCCUUUCAAACGAAUUGGCUGCUUAGUAUAGAUUUUAUUCAAAUAGAUUUUAUGAAGAUGUUAUGAACAAUGGACCUCUUAAAUGGUAGAUUGCAAGAUUCUAUUUAGAAGUGGCAGAUAAUAUGGUAUUUAUAAAGACCAGAGGACAAAGGGCUCCAAAUAUGUUGCAAAAAAUUCAGCAUGGAAUAUAGACUCAACCUUUAUGUGUGUUUCAUUUUAAUUUGAAAAUGAGAGUAUUGUUAUUUAUAAUUUUUAAGACUCUUUUGCAUAUUUUGGAAUAAGGUAAUUGGUGUAUUAGAGUUGUAUGGGGUCCUGCUGUUGAUGUACCUUUACAUGGUGGAGAUGCAGAAAAAGUAGAGAAUAUAAUUGCAAAAACAGAACCAAAAUUAGAAAUAUAAAAGAAGGAAGAAAUGGAAUAAGAAGUUAUUAAGAAGAUAUAAAUAAAUGAAGAGGAGAUCAAAAGCAAGAGUUCCUUUUACAUCAAGCCUAUUGAAUAUUAUAGUAGAUUGGCAUAAUAAACAGUAUAGAAAUUGAAAGAAGAGAAUUAAAAGAAGAAAGCAUGA